CGAGCGACGCCGAACGCUCGAGCGCCGUCCUCGGCCAUCUUCGGCAUUCACCUCUCGCUCUAGACUGUACUUACAAAGUGAACUGAGUCACAAUCAUGUCGCCGUUGAUAAUACAUACCUUAGUGAAUUUUGUAAGCUCGUAAUAUUGAAAGAUGUUAUCUCUCCGCGAUGAUGAUGAUGACGACAAACAUCUCUGCAUCAAAUGUAACGCCACAAUCGUAGGCCUGGACAGCUACAUUAAGCACAGAAAAGACAAGUGCGGCAAGGCCAAAGUCAACAAGAGACCUGAUCUACCGCCAAUCGACACUCUCGACCCAAGCUGCAGUUUGGGUGCUGACAUCUUCUUCCAAUCUCUAGAACUCCAAAGCAGUGUGAAAAAGACAAGUCUCACCCCACCCGUUCCUACAACGAAACCUUCUGAUAGUAAGAAUGCACCGUCCACAUCCAGUCAAAGAGUAAGCCCACUGGAUAGCCGAGGUGAACACUGGAUCGGAGGCCACAGUUUGACCACAGAUACCAGUGUAGACAAUCAUACUAAACUAAUCAAUGCCGUUGCAAGUAUAAGCGGUUCUGUAAAGAAAGAUGUUUCUUUUGAUCUAUACGACGAAAGUGAUGAUUCGGAAGGCUCUGAGGACGAUGACGACGAUGAACACGCUAGCGGUCAAAAAUGGAAACCGCCACCGAAUUAUACAGGAGGUAAAUGGAGACCAACUUCACCCGACCAAGCUUGGAAUCCAAACGAUGGCGAGCAGACCGGUAAAUGGAAAUCAGAUUUACCAGAUCGCGAUGAAGAUGAUGAAACUCCACCUCCAGGGCAUACUAAAGGCAAAUGGGUACCUGGAGCCAAUGAGAAAACCCAGAUUAUGCAACCAAUCAUUCAGAGUAAGGGCUCCAUACAGUACUGGUGUGGUCCUUGCAACAGACGACUUGGUUCCCGAGCGGUUUACGACAAACAUUUAAAAUCCAGCUUACAUAUAAAGAAAGUUCUUCCCGAACGUGAAUUGGAAUAUUCUGGUCAUUUAAAACCAAUCAAACCGAAGCGCACCAUUCGUCCGUCUCGGUUUGUUAACGAUGGUAUAUACACUCGCACUCAGAGGAAAAAAACAAAAUCCACGAAAGUAAGCGUCAAAAUACAAUUGAAGAAGCGUAAAAGGAAAACUACUUUCAUCCGUUGUAUCGGUUGUGACUCCAGGGUGAGACGACACUUGAUGGGCAAGCACUUGAUUUCCCACUACCACUUUAGAAAAACAACCGCCGUAGAUAGCGAAGUUUAUCAAAAGCUCAUACUCGACAACAUUGUGGCUAUAGUACACCAAUCACCCUUCCAAUGCAAUCCAUGCAAGUUUUACACUAAUUGGCUAUCGAAUUUUAUGCAGCAUUGGUUCACAGAAGAACAUCAAGAGAAAACAAAUUUAAUUGAGGGUAGAUUCUGGUGUUCUUUUUGUAAAUUCGAAUGCGAGACUUCUCAAGAGAUGCUUGACCAUUUAUCGAGUCCAACUCAUAGUGAAGCUGUGGCCGUCGUCAACAGAUCCAUGCCGAUCAUCAUAAGGAAGAAGACAAUCUUCAAAUGUGAGACUUGUUCAAUGGAGUUUAAAUAUAAUAUUGAGAUGAAGAAGCACAGCAUCAAAACAAGUCAUCCAUUGGCUUAUACUGGAACGGAUGACUACCAAGAAUUCCAUCGUUGUCAGCAUUGCAAAGUGAAGUUCAAAUCUUCAUUAACGUUGGCUGCCCAUCUGAAAAGAAAGCACAAACAGAAAGCUUAUUUCUGUCUCGUUUGUAUGAAAACUUUUAAUACUUCUUUGGAAGCCAAGAUACAUCGGCAGACUUCUGAACACAGGAUUAAAAGCAGAGAAAACCGCAUCAGGCUAAAAGGAGGAUCCACAAAGGACUUGAACAAGAAAUGCCCUUACUGUACUGAGAAAGUCGUUUUGAGAAACAUCUUGAUGUUAAAGGAACAUAUUCGCAUAGUACAUCCCGAUAUAAGAAAAAAAUGCCCCAAAUGCGGAAUGACCUUCAUAUUCUCCCAAGAAGUGACCAGGCAUAUCAGAUCCGAAGCUUGUAAAUUCCAGCCUUCCGCUUCCAACGCUUCCAUUUUUUGGAACUGCAGCAAAUGUCUCUUUACGACAGACUCGCAAGCAGAAUGCUUCUUUCACGAAGUUCUACACACCGAGCCGGUUAAAGAAACAAAAAUAAUUAAAGGAGUUGAAAAGAUCUUCCAAAAAUAUACGUGCCCGCUUUGCCCUAAGAGCUUUAAAAAGGCGUCCCUGCGUCAGCACUUGCGGCAGCAUACCUUUGAAAGACCAUUUGUUUGCGGGACGUGCGGAGCGAACUUCACCAGGCAGACGACUUUGGUAAACCAUCAAAAAAACGAGCACGGCACCACCGGCAAGAUGCCCAGAGUGCCGAUAGUUGAAAGAAUCGAGGAUCCGGAUAUUGAUUGGGAAUGCGAGAAAUGUGGAAACAAUUUUAAUAGUAGAUCUGCUUUAACCCGUCACGUAGCUGUGGACUGUACUGAGCUUUCGAGGUCCGGUGCUAUGCUGCAAUGUCCACAUGAAGAAUGUACUUAUGUGGCAAACACUAUUAGUAAAUUAGCCAGACACCGACGAACACAUGGCGAACGAAUAAAACACCACGAAUGUCCCUUAUGUUCUUUCAAGACGGACCAAGCUAGUCAUUUCAAAAGGCACAUGCUUUGUCACAGAGGAAUCAAACCCUAUGGCUGUCCAUAUUGCCAGUUUACAUGUGGAAGUUUGGAAAAUCUACGAAAACAUGUCCUUCGAAGCGGCCGUCAUAAAGGUCUUUGUUUGUAUAAGUGUCAUAUAUGCAAUUAUCCUACUAAUAUGGCAACUAAUCUCCGAGAACAUUUGAGAACAGUACAUAGUGAUAAGUAUGACUCUAAAACCGCUACUGAAAGUGUAAGAACACAUUUAAUGGUGAACAAGUCAAUCGAAUGAACCACGAAUACUGUGAAUUUAAAUGGAUCUUAUUCCUGCACGAAAACAUUAAGUCAGUUGAUACAAAAACAGAUGGCAGCACUACUUUCAGAAAUGUAAUAAUACAAUUGGAUUGACUACAACUUUUUUAAACGACAAUAGCUUUUUUAUAUUAUUGUGUAAUAAAUUGAAAUAUUAAAAUUAAAGUUAUUAGGUUGUUAUUAGGUUUUAGGUUAUUAGGUCUUACCAUAGACCUAUAUUCAGUGGUCUUACGCCUACCUACUAAAACUAAACGUCAAAUAAGCCUUUCAUUAAUGUCAAAACUGUCAAAAUGAGACAUGUAACUAGAUAUAUUUUUUAGGAAUUUUAAAAUGGCUUGAUGCUUAUAAAGUUACAGUAAUCUUUACUGUGUGCAUAUUCAUUGCUUAAUUCUUAUUAAGCAAUUUACCAGUAAAUAACUUACUAAAAAUGCGUUAAACUAAACAUUCAGAUGUAACGAAUUAGAAAAUGUAAAAAUUAAAUUACAGACGACAUAGUACUAGUAAAUAGCUCGUGGAGGGUAGGUUUUUAAGUAUGUACUAUUAUGGCUUGCAUCAAUGAAAUUGUUACGAUGGAUUUUUAAAAAUUAUAAAAUAAGAUCACGACAUAUAUCAGUAAAUGACCACCAUUUUACUGAGAUUAUAUUUCAUCCCAUAUUAUUUCAUGUCAUUUCAUUUCAUUUCAACCCAGUUGAUUGAUGUCUCAAAUUAAUCAUCUUCAUUUCAUUUCAUUUCACUCCAUAUGAUCAUUUUUCAUAAAAAUAAGAAUUAAUUUAAAAUGAGACAAGGCUUAAAAGUCUUAGUUACUAGGUCGGGAAAAAAAUACAAUUUUGAAGUUUUUAAACAGAAAAACAGACGAAACGUCAUUGUGGUUGUUGUUGGACGUCUUCUAAGUAAGAUACUUUUAAAUUUUGGCGCAAAGAAUACCGCGUUGUCGUACACUUACAAUAAAUCCAUUUUUACUAAGUUAUUUGAUGUUAUAAUUCAGUAAACAUUGUAAAAUUAAUUCUUUCUGGUGUAAAACAGUGGUGUGAUUAUAUUUUGAUCUUUUAAAAAUAAUGACUACAACCCUCGUAGCUGAAUGCUGAAAAUCGAUUAAUAAACAAUAUGUCUUUGAAGGUACGUACAUUGGUUAUACACAUAAGAUAAUAUGUAUCUUAGAUAGUUAGUUAGUUACUGUAUUUUACGUAGAUAAGUUUUUAAAAUCACCCAUCUGAUUACAUAAAAUAAAGCUUAAAAUAUAAAAAAGAUUUUUUAUCUAAAAAAUUAAUGAAUUUUAAUUGGUCAUAUAAUAUAUUCUACUAAUUAAACGGUUUACGUUUUAAUGAUGUAAGCAUGUAAAGGAAAUAUAUAAAUUACAUUAAAAUAUAAUAAUACUCAAAAAUAUUGAUAAAUUAUUAUUGUCUUCAAUGGUAGAUGACCUAGUAGUGCUUUAUGCUAACGUGAGCUGUAUACUUAUAGCUUACUCUUACGGCUCACUGUAGUGGUCAUCAUUGGUCACAGAAAUCGGUAAUACGAGGAGCAAAAAAGUUAUAACCUACUGCUUUGAACUAUUUCAAAUAUAGUUUGAAGGAUGCCACAAAGUAUUACAUGAAACACUGUGUAGGAGAGAUCAUUCUAUCUGGAUACACACUGUGGUUUGAGGAAGUGGAAUGAACUCUGCUCCGGGGUUGUAACAGCUCAGUAAAUAAUGUAACAUGUUUUAUUUAUUUACUUUCGUCAAUAUUCAAAGUGCUCAUGAAUUGUUACAAUAUUUUAACACAUUUAAUGACACCGAUGACAAUGAUCCCAAAAUGUUAGUAUUUCAGAACAAAUAAUUAAAUUAUUAAGAAAUGACUUCACAUUUAGAAUGUCCAUGAAUACUUGCUGAUACUUUGAAUGUUUUACAGUUCUUGUGGUCAUCAAUAGUAACUGACUAAUUGUAUUUUUGUUCCAUCCACCGCUAAAAUAUCCCUCAAAUCCCUCAUCGAUUUUAAUAGGAUGGUUGAUGUUAUUUUACAAUUGUAAUCUAUAAAUUUUAUGACAUAUUGUAUAGUUAUUCUAUUCAUCUAUCAUGAUGCUUUAUUAGAUUAAACGUUGUAAUAACUUCUAGGACUUCAAAUUGUAAUAAAAUUGGCUCCUGAAAA